AUGGAAUCUGUAGACCAUAAGGUAGAGUCUAUGCUUAGUGUUGUAUCUCUCUCAGUUCCACCUUUUUGGGACAUGGAUCCUGUUUUGUGGUUCGCUCAUCUUGAGGCUGAGUUUUAUAACCACAGAAUCACUUCCGACUACGCGAAGUAUUGCAAGCUCCUGUCCUAUCUCCCCAAGGAGAUAUCAAUGCAGGUUCGUGACGUCAUCAUUUCUCAGACCGAAAACCGCUAUGAGGCUCUGAAGGAGGCCACGAUUAAGCGUGUUAUGCCCUCUGAGAAAGUUCGCCUGCAGCAGCUUUUCAGGGAUCUGCAGCUGGGCGACAAACUGCCCUCAACCCUGCUACGGGAGAUGCAGCAACUCCUUGGUUCAUCAACCAUGGAUGAGACUUUACUUCGCGAACUAUGGCUACAACGGCUACCGGAAAACACGCAAGCGAUUCUCGCUACAGUGAGCUCCGUUUCGCUCACUCAACUAGCAGACUUAGCGGAUCGAGUUAUUGAACGAGCACAGCCACAAGCCAACGCCAGCAAGGUCCAUGCCGUCGCGUCCCAGGGCACUUCUAUCACUGGCUUACAGUCAACUAUAGAAGCCCUGCAAGCACAAGUUGCGACACUUAGUCGCCAGGUCCAGCAGCUUACUAUGGACCGUCGUCGUCAUAGCCGAUCAAAAUCGCCCUGCAAACGUUCUAAGUCUAGCAACAGGCAAGCUAGCUGUUGGUACCACCAGCGUUUUGGUACCGCAGCUCGUAAAUGCAUCAAGCCUUGCAACUUCGCCGAGAAGCAGGGAAACUUCGCGGCCGGUCCGUAA